GUGGCGGCGGCGGCGGCAGCGAGCGGAGGGGGCCGGCGGAGCUAACGGAUCUGGGGCGCAGGCUGCUGCUGCUGCUGCUGCUGUUGUUACUGCUGCUGCUGCGGCCGCUGCCCGGUCCGCGAGGGAACAACGACCGCCUGCACCAGCACCCCCAGCAUCGCAAGGAGGAGGAGGACGCGGCGGCCGCGGCGGGGAUGGCACCCAGGAAUAAAGGUACCAGGCCUGGUGGACUUCCCUGACAAGAAGAUUGCCAUGGUAGCUUCUCAGGGCUGUGUGGUCCAGAUGGCAUUUCCCCUUAAGAGGACCCAAUGGAUGCAUAAAGCUGGUUGAACUAUCUUCUCAUCUUUUCAGCAGACCUGCAUCUGACCAGCAGCGGCUGCCAGGGGAUUACUGAAAGCUCCUUCAGCUGAGGACACAGCCACCGGGGAGCAGGAAUGGGCAGAGGGGCAGCUGAACCCCGGCCAGCACUGCUGGGAAGACGGAGGAGAGACCAGAGGGACGUCCAGUGUGUUUGCCAGUGACGGGGGCACCGCACCUCUGGAAUGAGCACAUUGUAGUCAUUUGGGCAGCCUGGGCCAAGGUGUUUGCAGCCUCAGAGUUGGGGAGGCUUAGGUGGAGAAGGAGAGGGCAAGUUUUGAGGUAACAUGGAAUGUUGUCACCCUCCACUGAGUGUCCUUGAAACCUUGUCAGCCUGCUGAUGUUGGUUUUUUUUUCCCCAGUCCUCUAAGAAUCAAGGGCCUGGUCCUCCCCUCUCCUUGCCCAGAGGGAUUAGGAUCACGUGAACUUGGGGCCAGGGCUCUGGUUCUCUGACGCCUCUUUGUGCCCUUCUCCACACACCCUGUCCCACGUGUCGAGUUUUCUAUUCUGGUUGGAAUCCUUGGUUUCCCCAGGGGGUCAGAGCAAGCUCCCCUGGUGCAGGGGAGAGAGGGACAGCCUCAGAGUCUGCCCAUGAGCCACAAGGACCCCGGCUUCCCCAGACUGGACUAUUCCGAAUCACCAAAGAGAAGGUUUCCUGGAGCUGGUGCCCAGCAAUCCCAAGGGACUAGAGGGCUAGCAUGGACUGACCUCCCCCUUGGUGGGGGGGCUGGAGACGCACAGCCCCUGUGGCCCAGCUAGUGGCAGGUCCAGAGUCUCCAGCUCAGAGGAAGCCACAAUUGCCUGAUUUGUUUUCUUCUCACCUCUGAGGGAGAGAACGGGGUUUUCCCCCCCGUUGGCCUCCCCCUUCCUUAUCGUGGCUCGGGCCUCUAUGCUCUUUCCCUGUGGAGCCAGAGCAGGUGGGCAGCGCUGGGGCCAGCUGGUGAGGGAGGGACCCCGGUGACCCCUGCCCCAGCAGGGGGUCCCGCCCCCCUCGGCCAAGCCAUGAAGUGCUCCCUGCGUUUCUGGUUCCUCUCCACGGCCUUCCUGCUGGUGUUUGUCAUGUCUCUCCUUUUCACCUACUCCCACCACAGCAUGGCCACCCUGCCCUACCUGGACUCUGGAGGCCUCGGCAGCACGCACCGGGUCAAGCUGGUGCCAAGCUACGCGGGCCUGCAGCGGCUCACCAAGGGGAGCCUUCUGAGCAAAAGCUGCACCUGCCGCCGCUGCAUGGGGGACACGGGGGCCUCUGACUGGUUUGACAGUCACUACGACGGCAACAUUUCCCCUGUCUGGACCAAAGAGAACAUGGAUCUCCCCCUAGACGUCCAGCGGUGGUGGAUGAUGCUGCAGCCCCAGUUCAAAUCACACAACACCAAUGAGGUGCUGGAGAAGCUGUUCCAGAUUGUGCCAGGGGAGAACCCCUACCGCUUCCGGGACCCCCACAAGUGCCGGCGCUGUGCUGUGGUUGGAAACUCAGGCAAUCUGCGUGGCUCUGGCUAUGGGAGGGAUGUAGAUGGACACAACUUUAUCAUGAGGAUGAACCAAGCCCCAACAGUGGGCUUUGAGCAAGAUGUUGGCAGCCGGACCACUCAUCACUUCAUGUACCCAGAGAGUGCCAAGAACCUGCCUGCCAAUGUUAGCUUUGUGCUGGUCCCCUUCAAGGCCCUGGACUUGCUAUGGAUUGCCAGCGCCCUGUCCACGGGACAGAUCCGAUUCACCUAUGCUCCGGUGAAGUCCUUCCUCCGAGUGGACAAGGAAAAGGUCCAGAUCUACAACCCGGCCUUCUUCAAAUAUAUCCACGACAGGUGGACGGAGCAUCACGGGCGCUACCCCUCCACGGGCAUGCUGGUGCUCUUCUUUGCUUUACACGUGUGUGAUGAGGUGAAUGUCUACGGGUUCGGAGCAGACAGUCGAGGCAACUGGCAUCAUUACUGGGAGAAUAACCGCUACGCCGGGGAGUUUCGGAAGACGGGGGUACACGAUGCGGACUUUGAAGCCCACAUCAUUGACAUGCUGGCUAAGGCCAGCAAGAUCGAGGUCUUUCGGGGCAACUGAGCCCUGGCCACCCAACUGUACCUUUCUGCUGCUGUGGCCGGAGGCACAAGGGACCCAUUGCUCUCUCUCUAGAUGGAGCCUGGAGGCCAUUCACAAGGCAUCUGCUUUGUCCCAGAAGUAUUGAAGUUUCCCAGUCAAUCAUGAGAGAUUCCCCUUGGAGUCUCUGAAACCAAUCAGGAGCAUCUGUCUUCCCUCUCCCCACCAAUUUUGAGAAGUCUGGAGAAAGGCCAACUUCUGGCCCCAAUCACAGGGUGAUGGAGUGGAGGCUUUUGUUCUCCAAAGCAAUCAUGAAGGACUCACGGGUGAGUCCAGUGCCUGGGACCAAUGAUUGCUGUGACCCAGGGGCUCUGGCAGAGGCAAGUGACCUUCAGAGUCAAGCCAGUGGCUACUUUCCCCUCCUACACUUUUUGGAUAGGGGUAUUUUUUUGUGUGUGGAAUUACUAUGAUUAUUAUUUUAAAUUUAAGGCAAACCAAUUGGUUUAAGCAAUCCCCAUGGUGGAAGCCGCAGUGGGCGAUAUUCAAGACACACAGGGCAGAGACUGGAGAGGAAGAGGAUUCAGCGAGCUAAGCCCCCCAGAAGCAGCAAGCAGCAUCCCUCUUUCUGGAGGCCCUUCCUAACCAGGGAGGAAGAAGGCUGGGGGGCCCUUCCUGGUCCAUCCAACCAUGAGUGCUUAGAAAAGGACCCCUCUUCCAUUUGCUGUCACCCUCUUCUGGCCAGUCCUCCUGUGGCUUCUUUGGAGAGGAAGGGAGGGGGAUCACACCAAGGCUUUCCACCGUAAUCAGAUUGUUUAGGGAAAGGUGGCACACUGGCCUCUUGUGGGUAGCUUUGCCCAAGAAGUCAAGCAGGAGCCCUUCCACAGCUCUCUAGGCACAUAACAAUUGAUCCAGGAUAUUUCCUUUAUUUCCUCAGGGCCGGAGGGUAGAGUAGACCCCACUGAAGCAAAAUGCAAUCAUAGUGGGAACCCUGAGCCCUGGGGGCUGUGGGUGCCCUCAUUCUGACUCUCCCACUCAACUUCUUCACCCCUUGGAUCAGCACUUAACUCCCUAUGGGAGAGACUUAGCUGGAGCUCCCAACUUCUCACUUGAGAAGUCAGCCCCUCCCUGGGGGCUGGGGAUGGAGAGAUCCUGGAGCAGGGGGUGCAAGAAUUAUGGCCCUGGGCACUGGGGGGAAGCCCAGGCACCUCAGAUCCAACAGGCCUUCAAUCUACAAUCACUCCAACUCCUGCUCCCCUUCUUGGCCCUUGGCCCUCACUCUUCUGCGUACCCUGCUCCAAGGGGAGAGGCAAAGAGAUCCCCCGAGAUCCAAACCCUACUGUUUCUGCACUACUCAGACCAGCUCUGGGGAGCAACCCUUCCAGAAAGUUCUAGCUAAGGGGCUCUAACAACUCACCAGCUUGGUGCAUGCAUUUCUUCCCUCUUCUCCCCACCGUGCCAGGCAGGUUCAGGAAGCCUGUUGGCUAGGGGUGUGGAGUGUGGGAUCUGCUUCCAUUUUACCAAGUAGCUACCCUGAAGCUGCCAGCCUUGGCUUGGGCACCAAAGGGGGAGGGGGUGCUUUGUUUUUUGUUUUAAGCUAGCCAUGCAAUUUAGCCAGGAGCCUCUCUGGGGAGGGGGUGGGCCUGCCCCCACUGCAUGCCUCCUCCCCAUCAUCCUUCACUUUGGGUCUCUACCCUGCCUGUUUCAGCUCUGGAAGGCGCAGCCAAGGGUUCCAUUCUGACUAUCUGCUUGGCUGCCUUAAACUUAGCUAUCUCCCCAAGGGAAGACCUUGGUUGGAUGCUAGCCCUUCAGAGUCAGAGGAUCUUGGGAAGGGAGGGAGCAAAGGCUUCUGUGAAGCUGCCCCACCUCCUCACCCAGCACUGAUACAGUCUCCACAAUUCCUCCUGGGCAGACACACAUGCUCUCACACUCACGCACUCAUGGCCUCUUUUAGGACAACAGGCCCUUCCAGGAAGGCUGAGAAAACCCUGAAGUGAUAGGGCUGGGCAGUAUGGGCCUGUCUCCCAGUCAGUCCCAAGGGAAGGGGAAUAGGAAUCGGAUGGCUGGGACAGGGCAGAUUUUGUUGCUCUGCCUUUGGAAACAAGGCCUCCCCCACCCAUCCCUGAGUGACACAGGGGGCCUGCUAGUCCCCUCUUGAAGCUUGGGGAAGAGGCUGUUUUGAGUGUUUUUAAGAUGGGGGGCGGGAAAUGCAGUCAUGCCAAACAGUAUUGAAUGAAGUAAUUUAUUUCUUUUAUAUCAUCAUGGAAUCCUGUUCUGGGAGACGUGGGUCUCAUCAGCUGGCCCAGAUCUCCUUUUCUGCAAUAGUUAUUUAAAUGAAUACUUCUUUCUUUCUUGCCUCCCUCUUUAUUAAUUAAAAAGUUUUUAAAAAGUGA